AUGAGCUCCACAGAGAGUCUCCAGAGCUUCAGCUCAGUGUGGGACAACCGCUCGAUGUGUAGCAACCGCUCGUGCCCGCUGGAGGAGGAGGCGCUGCGGCUCCCGCUGGCGGUGCUGUACUCCCUCAUCUUCCUGUUCGGGCUGCUGGGAAACCUGCUGGCGCUGUGGGUCUUCCUGUUCCUGCACCGGCGCAGAAACUCCGUCCGCGUGUUCCUGAUCAACGUGGCGCUGGCGGACCUGGUGCUGCUGGCCUGCCUGCCGUUCCGGGUGCUGUACCACGCCCUUGGCAACGUGUGGACGCUGGGGCCGCGCAUGUGCCGGGUGGUGGGAAACCUCUUCUACAUGAACAUGUACGUCAGCAUCACACUGCUGGGGCUCAUCAGCCUGGACCGAUACCUGAAGAUCAUGGGCUCCCACAGGGGCCGGCGCUGGCUCCGCGGCCGCAGCUGGAGCCUUGUGACCUGCGGGCUGCUGUGGGGUCUGUCUGUGCUGAUGGCGGUGCCCAUGAUGGCGCUGGCGGAGGGUAACGAGGAGCCGGGGAAGUGUUACCAGUAUAAGCAGAGGAAGCAUGCGCGCGG